GCCGUGCCAGUCUUCCGUCUCAGCAGCCGUCGCUGUCGCCGGAUGCAGCGACAGUUCCUGGCGCCGUUGCCACGUAUUAGUGUCCACGGUAGUCCGUGUGUGGAUCAGCUUGCCACCGUGUCGCGCGCCCGUCUUGUACGCGAUUAAGGGCGAGAUGCCCCUCGCAGUUUACCGUCAAAAACGUAUCAGAAACAAAAUACGAGCCGUACGACGACGGAGAUAACGAGCGAUUACGUGCUUCACUGGUACAAGUGAUUAUGGUCCGUAUUUACUGUAUUGGCGUAUUUGUAGACGCGUACGAGAAUACGAGAAUGGGUGAGUUCGCGUGAAAUGUACUCGGCAAGCAGUGGCGGCACGCACGUGCGGUGAAACGAAAAUAAAAACAAAACGGAACACAACGCGUUUGACCGUCUCGCGAAAACCGUAGAAAUAUUUCUAACGUCGUACACGUCCUCCGUGUCACUCCGGAUUUCCACGUAAAAUAUUCGAUACGUACCAACUGCGUUAUACGACAAUAUAGCAACGCGUCAAUAUAUACUCUUUUCGAGUGAACACUCACACACACAUACACACACCCGCACGCACGUCCCUUUGCGAAUCUCGGCGAAUCCCCACACGCGCAUGCUCAACAAGGAUCACCCUCCUCCCAUCGAGCACACGCAUACAUGUACAGUGAUUCGUCCUUCCCUCCGCGUCGCGCCAGAAGCCAUUUUUCCGAAUGGACGACAGUGCGUCGAGUGCGCGAGGGCCGAUCGAUGAGACGUCCGCGGUCGGUCGGUCGGACGCGGUAUCUAUGCGCCGCCGCGAGAACCCUGUGGCGGUGAGAGCGGACGUCGUUGCAGGUACGUCGCGGUUGCGCGGUCGAGCUUCGCAGUCCGCGGUCCUGCCUUUAGUCACCAUAUCCUACAUAUAACCGCAGAACGCGUUCCGAGGUGAACGUUUCAAGUUUUAUCCGGCAUCCAAUCACACGGUGUACGUCCUAUUACCGUCCCUCCGACCCACGACCGCGCACACUCACUUCGUCCAUCACUCCGUCUGUUACUUCCCCUCACUGCACCGUCACUCUUUCGCCAUGACGACGAUCUGUAUUCCGUGACCGACUUAGGUGCUCUCUUCACGCAACAUUUUGGGUAGUUUUUCAAAUUGUUAUUUCCUUUUCAACACCCGGCUACAAUACACUAUUCUGCACUCAACAAUCGCAACGGCUUCAUUACCGCACCGACUGAAACGGACGAACAGUGUACACAAGCACGUCAUCUGAUACAACGACGAUCGCCGCGCCACAAUAUAUACAUACUACGGUGGUAAACUAUCCAUCGACCACGGAAACACUGAUUGAAGUCGGAAAUAUAAUUGUUCAAAGUAUGUGGUAAAUAAUGAGACUACAAGGAGACAUGGAAUCAACCGAUGACGAGCUUGACCAAAGUGUGUUCGAAAAUAAAAAUGGUCUAGCCGACGACAUGGCGUUUUUGGCCAGUAUGCCCGAAUUAUGUGAUGUCACUUUUUUAGUUGGUGACACAAGGGAGCCAGUGUGUGCUGUUAAAGCGGUUUUAGCUGCAAGAAGUCGAGUUUUUCAUAAGAUGCUAUAUCAACCACCAAGUCCUCAAAGGAAAAAGGAAGUUAUACCAAAAGAGACUACGAAACUUAGACGGCCUACAUUUCUAAAACGUAGCAGUGAACCACUUCUCAAUGUAAAAAACGCUAAUACUCAAACACAAUCUAAUCAGCAUCAAACAGUCAUAGUUGAUGAAUUUGAACCAGACGUGUUUCGUCAGCUCAUUGAAUACAUUCACACUGGUUGCGUAACUUUGCAACCCAGGACGUUAUUGGGAGUACUGAAUGCAGCAGAUUAUUAUGGACUGGAAGAUUUACGAAAAGCGUGCACGGGAUUCGUCCAAUGUUGUAUAAAUGUAGACACUGUUUGUGCGCUCUUGUCGUCGGCUGAACGAUAUAUACAAUAUAAAUGCACCAAAAGUCUUGUGCAGAAGGUUUUGGAAUUCGUCGACGAACAUGGAAAUGAAGUUUUGAAUUUAGGAUCAUUUGCUUUAUUACCACUACAUGUGGUCCGGUUGAUAUUAAGUAGAGAUGAACUGAAAGCAGACGAAUUUACUAAAUUUCAAGCUGCACUUAUGUGGACAAUGAAAUAUGGCGAUACUAAUUCGAACGUCGAUUGGAAAGAAGUUUUCGUAGAAAAUUUUAUGUCCUCCAUUCAGUAUCACAAAAUACCGGCUAAUGUUUUGAUGAACGAAGUGGAACCCUUAAAACUGGUUCCAUAUGAAGUGAUCAUGACGUCAUUAGCUUAUCAGGCAGACCCCUCCUGUGUCGAUCCCGACAAAUUGAAGAGGGCCUUGAGAAUGGGCAAUUACCAUGGGCUGAUGGGUAUCAGUAGUACAAUUGGUACAGUAACGACCGAAAGAACCAUGUCGAUGCAGAGUUCAGGCACACAUCAUGGUUCCAGUUCGACCAUUAGUUCAAUUGGAUCUAGCGAUCUAGUUGGUUCUGACAAAACUUGAUCCGAGAGAACUCCGAGUUCAUAGGCGUGUGCAUUAGCCUUAAUUUUGAUUUUACCAAAAACUUCCAUUAAGUCAAUAAUUAGGCAUUACGUCUAAUAAAUAAGUACUACAUUUUUUUCACUUUAAAUAAUCAGAUUUAUUCUAAUACAAAAAGACUGCGAGGGUUAUUAAAAGAUAAAUUUUACCUUAAAAUAUUAAUAACGAAAUAUCAAUUUAUUACAUAAAAAUGAAUAACAAAUUUAUAUUGUUAUUAAUUUAAAACGAAAUUAUUAUUAAGGACCAAUGAUAAUCAAAAGUUACCUUUAUCAAUGUAAACAUAUAUAUUUCAAUUACUAUUUGCGCACGCCUAUGCUCAAUGAUUAACAAAUAACAAGCUUAAUAU